AUGUUCUUUAAAAAUACUGUUGCUACCCUCCUCGGGGCUACUUUAGUGGCUGCGAAACCAAUCUAUCAAAGGGGAGUUGACUUUGCAUACGGGUCGACACCUGUCAGGGGAGUGAGUAUUGGUGGCUGGCUUGUACUUGAACCAUGGAUCACACCAUCGAUAUUCCAAUCACUUGAUCAAUCCCUAGGCAUAGUCGAUGAAUACACCAUGACAGAGAAGCUGGGCACAGAAGCAGCUUUAGCAAUUCUUCAGCCUCAUUGGGAUACAUGGUGCAACGCCACCGACUUUCAAAAAAUUGCCGACUCUGGUUUCAACACAGUACGAAUUCCCAUUGGGUACUGGGCAUAUGCACUCUAUGAUAAUGAACCAUAUACCCAAGGGCAAGCUCCAUAUAUCGAUGCUGCGAUCGACUGGGCACGUGGCGCCGGUCUCAAAAUUUGGAUUGACCUGCACGGUGCCCCCCUAUCUCAAAACGGAUUCGAUAAUUCAGGACAUAAAACUUCUUCACCAGGGUGGCAACAAGGCGACUCUGUUGCACAAACACUUUCUGUCUUGAACACCAUAACGAAGAAAUAUGCACAGAAGAAAUAUCAAGAUGUAGUGGUUGGUAUCGAGCUACUCAAUGAACCAGCGAACUGGAAUUUGGAUUUCGAUAAAUUGGAACAGUUCUAUAGAGAUGGAUAUGGACAAGUUCGUGCAGUCUCAGAUAGUAUUGUUGUGAUUCAUGAUGCAUUUUUGGCGCCGAGCAAUUGGAAUAAUAUUUUGGCAACAGAUGACAAUCAUGCUUAUGGAGUCGUCGUCGACCAUCAUGAAUACCAAUUAUUUAGCGACACUCUCGUCGCCAUGACAGCCGCCGAGCAUGUCGAAUACGUCUGCACCAACGCACACGCCUACACCGGCUCGGAUAAAUGGGUCGUGGUUGGCGAAUUUACAGCCGCCAUGACAGAUUGUGCCUGGGCGCUCAACGGAAUCGACGUCGGUUCCCGCUACGAUGGCACGUAUCCUAAUUCCUCAUACGUGGGUUCUUGCGAUGGGAAAUCGGAUAUCACUACUUGGAGCGAUGGCUUCAAGAGCGAUAUGAAGAAUUAUCUCAGUGCUCAAUUGGCAAGCUUUGAAACCAAGGCGAAUGGAUGGGUUUUCUGGAAUUUCAAGACGGAGAGUGCGCAUGAGUGGGAUGCGUUAAAGUUGGUGGAUUAUGGGGUUUUCCCAAAUUUGGCGGAUGGGACCCCGAAUGCUAUUUGCUCGUAG